UUUCAGACCACGCGAUGGAGCUGAACUUCCUUUACGUUAUUCCGCUGGUGUCGGUGCUGGUGGCACUGUACAUGUACCUGACCCGCAACAAUGGGUUCUUCGGGAGCUACGCCAUUCCGUGCCUGCCGGUGGAGCCACUGUUCGGGAGCUCCCGAAGCCUGAUGCUGAAGCGCGUCUCGUUCCAAGACUUUAUCCGCCGGAACUACGAACGGUUCCCCGGGGCAAGGGUGUUCGGUAUGUUCGAGAUGCUGACCCCGCUGUUCGUCAUCCGGGAUCCGGAACUGGUCAAGCGGAUCACCGUGAAGGACUUCGAUCACUUCGUCAACCAUCGGCCAAUUUUUCACACCGACAACGACAACCCAUCGUCACCCGUGAUGCUCCAGAAAAUCCUGAUCGCGCUGACGGACCAGCGGUGGCGCGAUAUGCGCGCUACGCUCAGCCCGGCGUUCACCGGCAGCAAGAUGCGCCAGAUGUUCGAGCUGAUCGUCGAGUGUAGCACCAGCAUGGUGCAGCACUACCGCCAGCAGGUUGCCAGCGGUGCCCAGGAGUACGAGUUGAAGGACGUGUUCGUGCGCUUCACGAACGACGUGAUUGCGACGUGCGCCUUCGGCAUUCAGGUGGACUCGUUCCGUGACGAACAGAACGAGUUCUUCCGCUACGGCAAAGAUAUCACCAACUUCAGCCGACCGCAAGUCUUCCUCAAGAUGAUGGCCUACCAGGUGUUCCCCUCUCUGAUGGCCCGCCUGCAGGUGGACCUUUUCGACCGCCAGCACGUCGCAUUCUUCACGGACGCGCUCCGCCAAUCGGUGGCGGCCCGCGAACGGCACGGAAUCGUCCGGCCGGACAUGGUGCACCUGCUGAUGCAGGCCGGCAAGGGCACGCUCCGCCACCAGCCGGAGCCGGAGCACGAAGAACCGGAGGGAUUCGCCACGGCCCGUGAGUCGGCCGUCGGCCACGGCAAAGCACCCGCCGCACUCACCGAGGUAGAGAUGGUGGCGCAGUGUUUGAUUUUCUUCGUCGCCGGGUUCGACACGACCGCGACGUGCUUGACGUUCCUCGUGUACGAGCUGGCCAUCGCCCCGGAUCUGCAGGACCGGCUGUACGAGGAGAUUCUCCGCACGCACGAAGCCCUCGACGGACAGUCGCUCACGUACGAUGCCCUCCAGCGGAUGCGCUUCAUGGACAUGGUGGUGUCGGAGACGCUGCGCAAGUGGCCACCGUCGCCGGCCACCGAUCGGCUGUGUUCGCGCGAGUAUGUCCUGCCGGCCGAAGGAGAUCAGCCCGCGAUCACCAUACCGAAGGGUGCCAACGUGUCAAUCCCCGUCGCCGGGUUGCAGCAUGACCCGCGGUACUAUCCCGACCCGGAUCGCUUCGAUCCGGAACGGUUCAGUGAGGAGAACCGGCACCAGAUCCACCCGGGGGCGUACCUGCCGUUCGGUAUUGGGCCACGCAACUGUAUCGGCUCGCGGUUCGCACUGAUGGAGGUGAAGGCCAUCGUCUACCAGCUGCUGCUGAGCUUUCGGUUUGAGCGCACCGACCGAACACCGGUCCCGAUGCGGCUUGCCAAAGGAUUCACCACGCUGAAGGCCGAAAGCGGAGUCUAUCUGAGACUGGUCGCUAGAAAGUAGCAAGUCGCCGUUCGG